UUGUUGAAAUAUGGCGGUCGUGGUUGCAGUCCGAAUUUCAAACUUCUGUCAAACUAGUCAAACUUUGCAAAUGAUGAGCGAUACGUUUCAUACAGUGAUAAAUAUACAUAUUGACAAAUAAUACAUUACCCAUAUAAAAUAUUGACACAUUAUAUAAACCAAUUAAUUUUCGCGGAUCGUGUCUGGACCUGUAGUGAGAUUAUUAUUGAUGAACAUGAUGAAUCGAGAAUGUGCGAAUGAAAUGUUAGAUACGUGCGUUUAUGACUGAUUGCUUUUAUUUUUCUUACACACUCUUCGCUUUAUAAUGGCUGCGAAUCAUUUAUCAUCAAACCCUCCGGACAUGGGGGACCUGCUGCAGUAUUUUGAGAGUCGCAGUCGAGCCCUUGAUGAGGAGGGUCAGCCCUUGUUGGACAUUGCAGACCUGCAGUUCAUGUCCCUCAUACGCUUCAAUGGGGUUCCAAUCCUACCUCCUGUGCUGACCCCUGGUCGCCGUGACGAAAUGAAGUCUUACAAACGUGAAGCAGUACACAGAGCAGCACGCAUCAAAAGCAAACGCCAGACAGACCUUCAGGCCAAGGUCCAGUCCAUUGUUGCCAGUGUGGAGGAGAAGCGUGCAGCUAAACAGGCAAGCAGGUCAUCCAGUAAGUCAUCAAGCCCUGUAGGCAAGGAGGCCCACAUGACAUCCAAACCAUCAAUGGACCACAAGUCCAAGGCAUCCAAGACAGGAGAGAAGUCAGGGAAUGGAGCUGUGGCUGCAGUGACUGAGGCUUCCUCAAAGUCCCCUAGCAGAUCUUCAUCAGCAAUUUCAGCUUCUGCAGCAUCAAAGUCUGGCUCUGUACCAUUUAAGUCUCAGCCUGUGGGAAGUGGGGAGGCUAGAAAAAGGGACAGCCAUAACUAUAAAUCUCUUGGAAAAAUUGGGUUCUUGGUGAAACAGAAAUCUUAUUCUUCACAGCAUUUGGAUCAGAUUGGGUUAGAGGGUCCAGGGAAAGCAGCUUCCUUGUCCCCCAAACCAUCAGGCCUUUUUCCGCACCCACCAGUGGGUAGGCCUCCUUCACGAGGCAGUGGAUUGAGACAGUCCUCAUCAACUCCUGACCUUCGCACCAUAGAUAUCGCACUUGGUGCUGAAGAUCUGCAUAAGCCAAUGGCAUCAAGACAUUUGUCACCCAAAGGUGGAAGACCGCAGGCUCCUGAAAGAGACAUUAAAAAUGUUCCAGUAGAAAACUCUAGUGUUAAAGGUCUUAAAGAAGACAAACUAAAACGACCUGAAAGCAAAGACAGUAGAAAAAGUAACAAAAUUGAUAAGCAAGAGGUGCGUUAUGACCAAGAGAAUAAGAGAUCAUCAGAGAAAAAAACUUCUGAAAAUGUUGCUCCAAGAUCAGAAAAAAGUCCAAAUAAAGUAAACAGUUCUGAUAUAAAGUAUCAAGACAAUACUCUUCAAAAUCCACUGGCAUUGCUUGAGCAGCAAAUAUCUCAUGAGACAGAAAAUGAGAGAUAUCAGAGGUAUGAAAACAGGAGGACAGGCAGUGGCUCAAAUCAUAAGGAAGAGGUCCGGUCUGAACUGGAUCCAAUUCAGAGAGCAACUGCAGAAUUGUUUCCCUUCCCAAUAUCUGAAGAACAAGCACUGGCUACUCUUGAUUCUUUGCAGCCCGAUUUUGCAUCACUUGAACUAGCUGAAGACCUGCCUAGUGACUACAAUGGCAUACCGUUGACCUCUGACAGGCAAAAGCAGAUAAUACAUAUUUUGACAAAAUUAUCCCAAGCAUUAAAUAUGGAAGAUACGCUUACUUCAACUGGUGGAUUAAAUGUGAAUCAUGAACAAGUUAAGGACCCUAGAGUACAAGGUUCUAAGUCAGAAAACUGGAGCGAUAGUAGAAGUGUUCAUUAUGGUGCUAGUGGUGCAAGCCAGAGACAUUCUGAGCAUGUACCUAGUGGAGACAUUAACGAAUCUCUAUCCAGCAAUCCUGUGGAAAGUGUUUCCAAUUCAAAUUCAUUCCAGAAUACUUCAGGAAAUAGUUCACACUCCAGAUCUAGACUAAGCCCAGGUGCAUCUUCUUCUAUAUUGAGUUCUGCUAGCUCUGUGAGUGCAUCUAAAUCAAGAAUGAGCCCCAAAUCUCUCAAGAACACCGUCCACUUUAAUUCGCUUGUAAAAGAAAUUAGCACAAGUGCAAGUCAGUCUUUUGAAGAUAAAAUUUCGUUUCGGAAGCUUGACAUAACUCCAAAAUCAAGUGAAAAUUUUGACGAUAUGGAAAGUGUAGCUUUACAAGGUGCCAGAAACAACCUGACGGAUACAGUUGCAGCAUCGAGUCACAUAAGUGCAAUGCCAGCUGAGAGGAACAUGCUGAGCAAAGUUGCCCUGAGUCCUAGUGUUGAUUCAUCCGUAAGUUCGCCAGGUGAAAUCCACAACCACAACCCGUUUGAGGAUUACAAUGAAGAUGGUGAGUUUAAUACCUCUGAUAAAGAGAAUGAGUAUAUUCCAGCCGGUGAUGAAAGUCCAGGCAGCGAUGUCCCGACUGAGAUAGAGAGGCGGUCUGGUAGAGGUCAACAGGUGUGGAAUGUGUACACCGCCAGGAUGCCUGCUGGGCCAGUAGGGGAUAACCAUCCAGCACUCUUCUGGAAUGGCAUGAAAAGUGACCUGACAGAGUCUUUGAAAGAAAAGGGGAAAGAUGGUUCUAAUAAGGUGCUACAAGAAAAUAUAUCACAGAGCAAUAUGGACACUCAGUAUUAUUAUGGAACUACCAGUACGGAUCUGGGCAGGUACAUGCAUGAAAAAAUCACUCCCCAUGCUAGUAUUUCUUCUUUUCAAGAAGAAAUUACAAAAUCAUACUUACUGUCUCAACACAAUUUUGGAAAAAUAAGUUUAUCUGUGAAGAAUGAUAAUGCUGAAUGUGAGAAGGAUAACUCUGUCCUAGAUACUUCUGAAGUAAGUGGGGUUGACUUUGAUGAGUCAGUUGUACAUCUGCCUCCUGUUAUUUUCACUGGAGUGCAAAAAUCAUUGCAAGAAAACAGAUCUAUGCUAGAUGAUGAAGCACAAAUAAGAAGCAAUUUGCAGAGAGUUCUGUUGGAAGACUCAGAAUCGGAGAGUGAUACUGGAGAGUCUGAAGAUGAAAUACAUUAUGAAGAAAAAACAGCUGAUGAAGAUGAAAGUGAAUCAGGAAAUAAUAAUCAUACUGACGAGGUGUAUGAAGAACUGUCUAACAAUGGUAUUGACAGUGAUGGUGCUGAAGAAGAAGAACAUCAGGAACAUCAAGACGAUGCUCAAUCUAGUGUACAAGAUGCGAGUCAAAAGGAUUCUGAGACUGUUGAUAAUUCGGAAACGGAUGCUUUAAAAAUGGCUGAAUAUGCUGCUUAUCUGACACAAGUAACUGAACACUCCGAUCAAGUUGAAAAUGAGGAUAAAAUUGUUGUACAUGGUGAAUUAGAACCAGCUAACAUCUAUGGAAAUUCAGGGAAUAAUGAGCUAACAGAAUUGAAAACAUGUUUGGAUGGCAAACAUGAACCUGCUGUGAUUCCAGUUACAGAACACAACAACAGUAAUGAAAAUAAUAAUGAUAUCAUUCAGGUUGAAGAACAGAAUAAUGCUGAAGAGAAUGAAGCUGAUAAUCAGCAGUAUGAUGUUCAAGAAAAUGAGGCCAAGGCUGAACACAUUCAGAAGUACCUUAGUCAAGUGCAUGAACAAUCCCUGUUGCAUGAAGAAGACUCUGAAGAUGAAAAUGCUGAUACAGGCAACAGACAAAAGUCUGAGGAUAUUAUGAACAAUAUAAGUGAGCUGAUACAGACAUUCACUUCAAGGAUUCAGUCAAUGAACCACCUAUCACAAGAGGAGUUAUUCCGGAUGCAGACAGAGCAGUUUGAGCUGAUCCAGAAGCGGCUGAUAGAGCACCAACAGGCCCAACUGGAGGAGCUGUUUGUGUCCCAGAGGAGAGAGCAGAUGAACCUGCAGCAGGAGAUAGAGAGCUACCAAACUCGUAUCAAAGAGAAACAGAGCAGCUUUGAUAUGAUGACUUUGCGCUUCACGCAGCCUAACAACUUGACCCCACAAAUGUCAAGGUCACUUCCGCAAGUUGCGCAAGCAUGGCCACCCACCAGACAGGUGUCUCAGUCUGCAGCAACCAUGAGCCCACCUUUCCAAGUGAAGCCUGUGCCAGUUUCGUACCCGUACCAGAAUCCCAACAUGCCUUUCACCAGCAGCAGCUAUGGGAACAUGCCCUACCCUGCCACUAGACCCUUCAUUGACCCUCGGGCAUUCAUGGAGGCAAACAUCGACAACAGGGCCGGGGUUGGGAUGAGCGUACCCAUGGGCUUUCCUCAGGAUCCAAACAUCAGCUCCAUCAGCCAUAACACGAGCUAUAGCACUAUUCCAUUUGGGGACCCGGGUGUCAUACAUGGGAACCUGAUCACGCAUGUUCCCCAAGUGCCCAGGACUGUGCCCAGUCAGGGCGUGGGCUCCAGCCAGGCCUCCAACCCCUUUAUCUACCCGUCGAGCCCCAGUCUGCUCAUCAAUCCCAAUGACAGGGACAAUGUGUCAGAUGUGAGUGGGUUUGCAAAGGCUACAGCCAAACAACUGGUGUUUUCCAACCAGUCAACACCUGUUCCAGCCAAGCACUACAAACCGAUACAGCACUCACCUAUGAAACAGACUUCAGCUCAGAGAAAUAAGGGCAAAGUCUCGAUUCCAGAGAAGGCAUUUGAGCCAUGGAUGCAGCAGAAGUUUGCCCGAGUGACAGCAGCUGUGAGGGGAUACCUGACCAGGCGGCUGCUGAGAACUAACAAGGUGCAGGAGAUAGUCAAAACCAUCGAUGAUACCAGAAAUUUUGCUUUCAAGUUCCAAUCGGAGACCCCCAUGAGGACAGGGCACCUGUCUAGGGAGGACAGAGUCCUGCUGGAGAGAAUUGUUAACCAGCUGCAGGCAGGCCUUCUGGACAUUCACGAGAUCUUCUUCACCCUCCCCAUGUCUGAGAGGAUGUCCCUGAUUGCCACCCAGAGGCAGCUCGAGCAGGAGAAGCUCAUCAGAGACUCGGGCCGCCACAGUCUUGACAACGUUUCUCGUUCUCAGCCCAAGCUCAGCAAAGCAACAUUGAAGGCAUUGGAAAGGAAAAAGAAAGCUCAACUAGCAGAGGAGGCAGUGUUUGGCAGCAUGGAGUUGCGCCCCAAGUCAGCCCCUCCCACCACCAGCAGUCCUGCCUUGGAUAUCAGUGGGCCUUUACGUCGGCACUACCAUUCUCUCUUUGCCAGGGCGUUGAGACCUAUACAGGGCCAGAUGUCACCUAUAUACCCUGACCAGCACAUCACCGUCAGGGAAUUGAAAGAGAGGCCCAAGACGGCUUCAGAUCGAAGGAAGAGUGAAGGGCAGACCAGGAGCAAGAAAGCCUCAGGAUCAAAGACAUCGAAGUCUAGUGCCAGUACCUCUGCACCAAAAUCCAAGUCCUCAAGCAGCCAAAAGUCAGCUGCAACACAAUCCCAGAAGCAACCACCUUCAGUAGACGCACAGAAGCACUCAAAUGCACCCACAACCACAAUACACAAGCAACCCAAAAAGACUGAAAAAGCCUGGCGGUAAGGCUGGGGAACAGGACCAGGAUACUUAAAUCUAGUUUUAAUAGUUUUAAUUAUUAACCUUUUCUGUUAAUCUUAUAGCAGAUAUUGUGAUAUAAGUUAUAAUUUAAACUGUUUGUGUUUGAAAAUAAGAUAUAAAUAUGUAUUGAUUGGACAGGAAAAUAACAGAGAUGUUACAAAGCUGUUGCACAUGUUAAAGCUCUUAAUUGGGCAGGUGCUUGUAUGAAACUUUUGAAGCGACUGCUGUAUUCAUUGAAGAUAAUUGCUUAUAACAUUUUCAAAGUUUAAGUUCAUGUACCAGUAUAAUGUGAUUGUCGUCAGAUUGUUCUAUUGUCAGUCAAGAAUUGUUGUUAUUGUUGUGCAUGCUUCUGAUAUCUGUGUUCCUAUGUGUUUACCAUACUGUGUUCUGUAAUCACAUCAUGUAUUUCUAUUAUUGUCCCCUACCGGUUUCACCGGAGGGGACUUAUGGUUUUUGCUCUGUCUGUCUGUCAGUCUGUCAGUCACACUUUUCUGGAUCCUGCGAUAUCUUUAAAAGUUCUUAAUAUUUUUUCAUGAAACUUGAAACAUGGAUAGAUGGCAAUAUGGACAUUAUGCGCGUCAUUUCAUUGUGUUCCUACGUAAAAAUUCUGGUUGCUAUGGCAACAAAUAGACUAGAAAUACUGCUGAAAAUGGUGGUUUUCUGGAUCCUGCGAUAACUUUAAAAGUUCUUAAUAUUUUUUCAUGAAACUUGAAACGUGGAUAGAUGGCAAUAUGGACAUUAUGCACGUCAUUUUAUUUUGUUCCUACAUCAAAAAUUCUGGUUGCUAUGGCAACAAAUAAAAAAUAAAAAAUCUGACAAUGGUGGGAUUUCUGACAAUGUUGCUAUGGCAACAAAUAGACUAGAAAUACUGCUGAAAAUGGUGGUUUUCUUCAUCCUGCGAUAACUUUUAAAGUUCUUAAUAUUUUUUCAUGAAACUUAAAACAUGGCUAGAUGGCAAUAUGGACAUUAUGCACGUCAUUUCAUUUUGUUCCUACGUAAAAAAUUCUGGUUGCUAUGGCAACAAAAAAAUUAAAAAAUUCUGACAAUGGUGGGGUUUCUGACAAUGGUGGAGCCGGUAGGGGACUAUAUUGCUUGGCAAUAGUCUUGUUUCUAUUUAUUUUCCGUGUAUUUAUUUAUGCAAUAUUAUUGCCAUUUACCCUGUGUAUAAUAGAGCAAUGGGCUUAGAUAGUCCUCUAAUUCAGUUUGACCAUGUUUGCUUGCAUUUCAGUGAUCUCCCUUAGAUAGGUAGCCUGCUGUUUGACACUGACACUUUUUAUGCCUCUUUAUUUGUUUAGGUUUCAGUUUCUUAGCUCCAUGCUGUCUGAACAGAUACGCAUUGAGAGGAAUCAUGUGUUUUGAUUUUUUUUCAUGUUUGAUUUGUGUCAAAUGGUAUGAUUUAUUCUUGUAUAAAUACUAACGCUGUUUGUUCAAUUAUUGGUUUAUACCUUAAAUUUAAGUGAGAGCUGUUAUUGAUCAAUAAAUACUUCUAAAAGAGCAA